UUCCCACCAACACGACCCCUUUUGACUCUGCUCUAACAUCAACCCCUCCAAGAAAAGCCUUCCUUCUUCCCAUGUCCCCAUGCCCCCCACCCGGACUGUAACCCUCCCCCAGACAUAGAUUUUCUCCUUUAUGUUUCUUCUGCAGAGGGAGGUUAGAAUAAUGGUUACAGGUACAGGCUCUGGAGGCAGCUGUCAGCUCUCUCCUUACAGCCCUGCACAGUUGGGUAACGUCACCAAGCCUCCGUUUCUCCAUCCAUGAAGUAAAGUUAGCAACAGUACCUUCCUUAUAGGAUUGUUAGGUGGGUUAAAUGAGAUAGUCAUUAGCACGUGUGCCUGGCACAAAACAAGCUCCCAAUCAUUGCUUUAUUAUUUUGGUGAGACAGGGUCAACAAAAAGUCGUACCCAACCCGUCCUGGGACCCCACCCCGCCCUGUUCCUGCUUGUCUCCUCUCCCAGGCAGGGGAGGUCACGUGAGCUCAGGCGUCUGCAAACCUGGAUUCCAUUCUGGUCCUGCCACUUCAUCCUGUGGCAAGUCACUUGCCCUCUCCGAGGCCCAGGUCCCUCAUCUGUAAGUGAGGCUAACAGUGCCCAGAACAUUCAUUUCCUGGCUCCCUGCGUGCAUGCUUCAAACACCUGGGCAAAUUUUACCUCCUUAAGCCCAAGCUCCCCGACUUGAAAAGGAGAGAAUAAUGUAUGACCCUCAUGGCACCAUUGUGAGGACUAACAGAUCAUCAGCAUGAAGGGCCUGGGACACACGUGCUAACCCCUCCCUUGCCCACAGGUAUGGAGAGAGAGAGUGGCUGCCAAAGGAGGGCUGCCAGCGGAUCACCCGGAAAUCCUGCAACCUUACCAUGGAGACUGGCAACCUCACGGAGCUCUACUACGCCCGGGUCACCGCCAUCGACCCGGGAGGCCGGGCUGCCACCAAGAUAACCGACCGAUUCAGCUCACUGCAGCACACUAGCAUCAAACCUCCUGAUGUGACCUGCAUCCCCAAGGUGAGAUCCAUCCAGGUGAUUGUCCAUCCCAUCUACACGCCCAUCCGCGCAGGGAAUGGCCACCAGCUGACCCUGGAGGACAUCUUUCAGGACCUGUUCUAUCGUUUAGAGCUGCACAUCAACCACACCUACCAAAUGCACCUUGAAGGGAAGCAGAGAGAAUUUGAGUUCUUUGGCCUGACCCCUGACACGGAGUUCCUUGGAACCAUCAUGAUUUUUGUUCCAACCUGGUCCAAGGAGAGCGCUCCCUACCUGUGCCGAGUGAAGACGCUGCCUGAUCGGACCUGGACCUACUCCUUUUCCGGCGCCUUCCUGUUCUCCAUGGGCUUCCUGGUCGCAGGGCUCUGCUACCUGAGCUACAGAUACAUCACCAAGCCGCCUCUGCCUCCCAGCUCCCUGAACGUCCAGCACGUACUGACCUUCCAGCCUCUGCGGUUCAUCCAGGAGCACAUCUUGAUCCCCGUCUUCGACCUCAGCGGCCCCAGCGGUCUGGCACAGCCUGUCCAGUCCUCCCGAGUCAAGGUCUCCGGCCCCAGAGAGCCCCCAGGAGCCCUGCGGCGGCACAGCCUGUCUGAGAUCGUCUACCUCGGGCAGCCAGACCUCUCCAUCUUCCAGCCCUCUGCAGGGCCACCUCACCAGACACUGCCCCCACUGUCCUAUGCCCCCCAGGCUGCCCCCGAGGGCAGGCCCCCGUCCUAUGCACCUCAGGUAACCCCCAAAACUAAAUCCUCCUUCUACGCUCCCCAGGCCAUCUCGGAGGUCCAGCUUCCUUCCUACACCCCUCAGGCCACUCCAGAUAGCUGGCCUCCUUCCUAUGGGAUGUGCGGGGAAAGCUCUGGCAGAGACACCCCACCUAUGACACUCUCUGGUCCCGAACACCUCAGAACUAAAGGUCAGCUCCAGAAAGAGGCACCAGCUGGAAGCUGCAGCCCAGAUGGCCUUUCUCUGCAGAAGGUGACCUCCUUGGCUAUGGAGGACCCCCAAGAAGUAAAAUCCUUCCACCAGCAUCUGGGGGUUCAUACGGACGGAACACUUGACUCUGAUGGCAUAUGCAGAGGGGAGCCAAGGACACGAAGCUGCCUAAAGGGCCAGCUGCCCCUCCUCUCCUCUGUCCAGAUUGAGGGCCACCCCGUGUCCCUCGCUUUGCAGACUCCUUCCCUUCCAUGUUCCCCCACAGACGAGGGCCCAAGUCCCUGGGGCCUGCUGGAGUCCCUCGUGUGUCCCGAUGAUGAGAGUCCAGCAUUCGAGACUGAGGCCAAGAACCCAGGCCCUCGGGCCCCAGACCUGGAGUCACCCGUGGAGCUGGACUCUCUGUUCAGAGGCCUGGCGCUGACCGUGCAGUGGGAGUCCUGAGCGGAGAACAGGGUGGGCCUGGGACUUCCUCCUGUCCCCACCCCCACCUCACAUCCUUGGCGGUCACUCCCGCACCCAGCGGCGCUGCACACUCUGCAGCCCAGCCCCGGGUGGGUGCCCUUGAGGAGCCAGCAGGAGGAUGCUGGGCCCCUGCCAUGGCUGAGCUCCCUUUGGAGCAAAGAGGCAUGAGAAGGGCUCCAGCCAGAGAAGUUACAGAAGUGCAUCGUGUGCAAAUGAGCGUGUGCACGCCGAGCUCUGCAGGGCAGGACGGACAGUCAGAGUGCAAGAGUUAAUGCGGGGGGACCUCCUGGAGGUCCAGGACCCCGGCUCCUAACACGCUGGACACAAAGUUCUCCAGGAGCCUACCUCUCUUCCCUGCGCUCCUAGCCAGUUUCAUAACCUAGUUCAGCAGAGUGAGGUCUCUGCCUCCUCUGUGGUUCCCCAAAGAUGAAAACAGGAGCCUGAAAAAGGAUGCCUCAUGGCAGGCUGGGCAGAACCAGAACAACCUGCAUUUCUGCCAAGUCCAGAGGCAGCCCGAUGGCAAGACUCCAGGAGAGGUGCAGCCCCAACCAGGGCUACUGCCUGAAAUUGCACCAUUUCAAUUUCAUUCCUCUGCUAGAGGCUGCCCCAAGUGAAAGCAGGUCCACCAGGGAGGGAGAACACAGAAGCCUUUCCUGUCAGCAGGAGUUUCAGACCCUAUCCUGGGAGCAGGGUUUGAGAGGAACAUGGGGCCAUGGGGCACCUGAAGGAGACGCAACUACAAACUGUACUUACUUCACAACUUUGGAAACUCAGCCUUGGGUUCAGCACUCCUGGGUUCAAAUUCCAGCCUUAGUACUUACCAGCCGUGUGACACAAGCAAAUGAAUCACGGCUCAAAAUCUCAGUUUCCUCAUCUGUGUAAUGGGGAUAAUAACACCUGGGCAGUGCCCAACAAACAGUAAUUCUUUCUUGUUGUGAUUUUUUAAAAAUAGGACACUACAGGAGUGACCCACUCCCCCAGUUCAGGUUGAUUUUGGAUCAGGAAUUUUCUCAUGGGUUUAAAUUAUCCUGAUUUCUUCAGAAUUUCUCCAGGCCAAGACAGAGGGGCUGGACUGUGUAGGAGGGGGUGAGGCAAGGGCUUGCAGAGAACAGGGUCUACCUUCUGCCUGAGCUCACAGGUGGAAGCUGUUUCGGGGGUGGCCGCGGCGCUCUCAGAGGACCCGCCUCCCCCCACCAGAGACAACGCAGGGCUACCCCGCCCUCCUGCCCCUGCACGGGGCCCUUGUCUGAGCUUUCAGCAUGCUGUCACAUCCUUUAUAUCACUGCAUCUCAUGUGACCCCUAGGAGGAGGAAACCGAGACCCAGAGAGGAGAAGGGGCUCCCCCACAGGGCCCCACUGAGGCCGUGACACAGUUGGAGCUCAGACCUAGCACUUUUU